GCCGCGGCCUGCUGGACUGCAGCCGGCAGCGCCUGCCGCCCGGAGCCGGACCGCGGAGGAUCACGCCGUUGCCCGCCGGCACCACGGUGAUGGAUUUAAGUCACAAUCAUAUCUUGUCAUCCAACUGGAGCAUGGAUUUGUCUGCUCACACGCUGCAAGAAGUGAAAAUGAAUUACAAUGAGCUGAGUGAAAUUCCCUAUUUUGGAGAAACGACUUCCAAUAUCACCCUGCUCUCACUGGUGCACAAUGCCAUUCCAGAAGUAAACGCUGAGCAGCUCCAAGUUUACCUUUCAUUGGAAAGCCUGGAUCUGAGUUCCAAUCUUAUAUCAGAAAUUAAAGCUGCUUCUUUUCCACGGAUGCAGCUGAAGUACCUGAAUCUGAGUAACAACAGAAUCAGCACCCUGGAAGCAGGCUGCCUCGAUAAUUUAUCUAGCUCUCUCAUAGUGCUGAAGCUGAACAGAAAUAGGAUUAGUGUGAUUCCACCAAAGAUCUUCAAAUUGCCUCACGUGCAGUUUCUGGAACUGAAAAGGAACCGGAUUAAAAUUGUAGAAAGUCUUACAUUCCAAGGCCUGGAGUCCCUGAAAUCCUUAAAGAUGCAGCGCAAUGGGAUUAGCAGACUCAUGGAUGGAGCAUUCUUUGGCCUCAAUAAUAUAGAAGAAUUAGAACUGGAACAUAAUAACUUGACAGAAGUAAACAAGGGCUGGCUGUAUGGGCUGCGGACACUGCAACAACUCUUCGUAAGCCAGAAUGCCAUUAACAAGAUCAGCCCAGAUGCAUGGGAGUUCUGCCAAAGACUUGCUGAGCUAGACCUGUCGUACAACCAGCUAACUCGCCUCAGGGAAUCUGCCUUCGUGGGACUUGGUUUGCUGGAGAAACUGAACUUGGGAGACAAUCGGAUCAGUCACAUUGCUGAUGGUGUCUUCAGAGGUCUGACAAACCUUCGAACCCUGGACUUGGGGAACAAUGAGAUCUCCUGGGCCAUAGAGGAUGCGAAUGAAGCAUUUGUGGGACUCAGCAGGCUGGAUAAACUAAUCUUACAAGGAAAUCAGAUUAAAUCAAUUACGAAGAAAGCAUUCUCUGGUCUUGAAGGACUUGAACAUCUAGAUUUAAGCAACAACGCAGUAAUGUCCAUCCAAGAAAAUGCAUUUGCCCAGGCUCAACUGAAGGAGCUGGUUUUGAACACCAGCAGCUUGCUCUGUGAUUGCCAGCUGAAGUGGCUGCCACAGUGGCUCGCUGACAGUCACUUCCAGCAGGCUGUGAACGUCAGCUGUGCUCACCCUGAGUGGCUGGCAGGGCAAAGCCUGUUCAGCGUGGAGCCCGAUGACUUCGUCUGCGAUAAUUUCCCUAAGCCACAGAUACGAGUGCAUCCUGAGACCACGAUUGCUCUGCGUGGCAUGAAUGUGACUCUGACCUGCACUGCUGUGAGCAGCAGUGAUUCACCCAUGUCCACUGCGUGGCGUAAGGACAGCGAAGUGCUGUAUGAUGCAGAGGUUGAGAAUUUUGCCAGGUAUCAGCAGCAGAAUGGUGAGAUUGUUGAGUACACCACUGUCCUCCACCUUUUCAAUGUGAAUUUCACCGAUGAAGGAAAAUAUCAGUGCAUCGUCACCAAUCACUUUGGCUCCAACUAUUCUGACAAAGCCAAGCUGACUGUUAAUGAGCUGCCUUCCUUCCUGAAGACCCCCAUGGAUCUCACAAUCCGCACUGGGGCGAUGGCCCGACUGGAGUGUGCUGCAGAGGGCCACCCCACCCCUCAGAUCUCCUGGCAGAAAGAUGGUGGCACAGACUUCCCUGCUGCACGAGAGAGGAGAAUGCACGUCAUGCCUGAGGACGACGUGUUCUUUAUUGCAAAUGUGAAAAUAGAAGACAUGGGCAUCUAUAGCUGUAUGGCACAAAACGCUGCUGGGGGUUUGUCAGCAAAUGCUACACUGACUGUGUUAGAAACUCCUUCCUUUAUUAGACCCUUGGAAGACAGAACAGUGACCAGAGGUGAAACUGCAGUCCUGCAGUGCAUAGCUGGUGGCAGCCCUGCCCCUCGCCUCAACUGGACUAAAGAUGAUGGACCUUUGGCUGUCACAGAGAGGCAUUUUUUUGCUGCGGCCAAUCAGCUCCUCAUCAUCGUGGACGCUGGGCUGGAGGAUGCUGGAAAGUACACCUGCAUUAUGUCCAACACGCUGGGCACUGAGCGUGGGCACAUUUACCUCAAUGUGUUGGCUUCCCCCAACUGCGACUCGUCCCAAAAUGGCAUCGUCCACGAGGAAGAUGGUUGGACGACAGUAGGCGUUGUGAUCAUCGUCGUGGUUUGCUGCGUUGUGGGAACUUCCCUGGUGUGGGUUAUUGUGAUUUACCACAUGAGAAGGAAGAGUGAAGAUUACAGCAUCACUAAUACAGAGGAGAUGAACCUACCUGCUGACAUUCCCAGUUAUUUAUCCUCCCAAGGAACGCUGUCAGAGCCUCAGGAAGGAUACAGUAACUCAGAGGCAGGAAGCCAUCAGCAGCUCAUGCCUCCAGCCAGCAGCUACGUGCACAAAAGCACAGAUGGUGGCACAGCACCACUGGUGAUCUGCUCAGACUGUUACGACAAUGCAAACAUCUACUCCAGGACACGAGAGUACUGUCCCUACACCUACAUCACAGAGGAGGACCCCCUGGAUCCAACUCUCCCUAAUCUCAUGGUGCAGAUGCCCAAGGAAACAUACCCAGCACACACCCAGCAUGAGACCAGUGCUCUUGAUAAUGCUUUUGGAGACAGAGACAUGUCUGUCUUCCUUACCAGUCACGACAGAAUAAGUGAGAAGAAAAUCUCUUCCCAGCAGAUUAAUGAACCCUUCCAGCUUCCCUUAUGGGCGGUAAACAAAGACCUGGCGCUCUCCCACUCGCACUUUCUGCAGCAGCAAUCGGCUCGUGAGGCCCCACGACCUCUUCGAACUGAGGGGAUCCUUGACAGUGAGAGGGAGCAGGCUGCUUCACCCAGAGCCCUGCACAGGUUACGUGAGCAUAACUUUGAUUUUAAUAGGACACGGAACAUUCGCGACUACAGCGAAACCACGUAAGGCACAGGAAUGGAGCCUUGGAAGCAAAUCCCUAUCAGCUGACUUGUAUUUCUACCUCAGGACUAAACUCUAGGCCAAAGAUGCUUUAAACGUGUGUCUGCAAUUCCAGGCUGCCUGAGCUGAGGCAGACCCCCCCCCUGGCAGGAGGUGGCACUGCCCUUUUUGCUUGGAUUCGUGUGUGCUGCAAGGUGGGACAGAACAGGCAGUGAUCAGUGACUGGCGUUACAAAGUGGAUCUUCUGAUGUUGGGAACAGCCUUUGUGUUGGUGCAUGCUUUGAAAAUCUCUCAAGAAUGCAUAGCUAUUUCACACCACAUUGUCUGCUUGAAAACAAAUGUUCAAGGCCUCCUCAUGGAAUUCCCCAGUAAUUGUAAGCAUAAAACUUUUGGCCAGCUUUUUGUUCCUCGGUCUGUUGGCAGGCGUUUGUUACCAGUCUCACUUUGGGGCUGUUUUUUCCCUAUGAAAAAACAAACUCUAGUUGUAAAUAAAGUUGCAUUUAUAAAUAUUUUGUACACACUAAGCAUGUAAAUGCCUUGGCUGUAAUGUAAAUAUAUUUUUUAUUAUGCCAAAGUAUGUAUUAUGCUGUUGGUCUUGACAGCUGCAUAGCAAGCCGUAAUUUGUUUUGUGGGAUUGAAAGCUCAGUUCUGAAGGGAUAAAGAUGACUUUGUUUUGGAAAGAAGUGAAUUUACAACAGGUACGUAGUGAAACUGUGAUACUGAUGAAUUUCAUUGCUGCAUGCAUCUCUGUGUGCAUUGAGCUUGGCUGACCUGCCUGCAGGCUGAUCCGUUUCGUUAGCAGAAUUCCAAGUCUGACCAUUCCUGUGGUGAGUCCUUAAUUUCUGUACUAGGCAGCCUGUCUUUUCCAGUAGAGCCUAAAGCCCAGCAGGCCCUGCAUUAACAGCUAGCCUGCUCCAGCCUCCAGUGCUAUCCAACUUCUCAGGAGUUUCUGUAGUAACAAACAAGUAUGGUACACAAAACAGUUUUCAUCUGCUAAAACAGCUCUAAGAUGGGACCUCUGAGUGGUUUGGUUCAGAAGUUUAUCUGAACUGCUGUCUUUACAAAGCCUUUGUGUUGUGCAUGUUGCAGGGAGGCACGUGUGCAUCUUCCAUAGCUGACAGCUAAACGAACUUCUGAAAGGAGUGCCCUGAUGAAAGGCAUGGGGUGAGUUGGAAAAGCACGUGAUGAAUGCUCCACGAAAUCCAGAAUGGAUUUUCUGUUUCCUCUGCGCUGCCAGGAAGCACGUGGGCCUUUUCUUUCAUAAAAGGGCAACGGGAUUCUUGCUCUGUUAAACCCUAUAAAGGCUCUGUAGGCCACAGCGUGGUCAAGAUGUGAAGCAUUUGACAGGUGAGCUGUUAAACAGCAGGAGAACCACUGUUGAAAAUGCAGCCCUUGCUGGGACAAAUAGAAGAAGUGCAGAAGCUUCGCAGGUUGCAGUGGAGUGUGUGUGACAAACUGAGGAGGGAGAGCAUUACAAAGACUUGUUCUGAGUUGUUCUUCUGGGAAAACACAUCUUUGUGUUUUGUGUGACGUCCCAUCAGCGAUGGGCUUUGAGCAGAAUGUUGUGCUCAGAGCUUGGGGUGCUUCAGUGCCUGAAGAGCUCGGGGGUUUCUGUCUCUGCUCUGCUUUUUCCAAGCCAUGGGCUACAGACCGAGUGAGAGCAGCUGUGUGGUAUGGCUAGAAAGACAGAACCUUCCUGGGGCAGCCCAAGCUGUGGGUCGGGAUUCCCACUGCUCCAUUCCUGCACAGCGUGUGACUGAGGGCUCUGAUGCAAAAUCGCAGCUGAAAACUUUGGAGACUGGGGAAUGGUUAAGUGAAAGAGCCAGGAAAUGCUGGGAAAAAUAUUUUCCCACGUCUCUUUGGGCCUGAAUAGUAGAUGUAUGUAAAUGAGCAAAUGUUACUGAGGGCUCUUACCUUUGUUUUGAAAGCAAAGGCAGUUGCCUUGGUAGCCAGCAGCUUCAGUAGGAAGAGGACCUCAUUGUCUUUGACCUUUGUAUGAAGUGGGGAAGGAGGUGUGUUAAACUCGGCCUCUGACCUCUCAACUAUUGUAAGGACUUAGACAUAACAUACCAAGAAUUGUGUGUUUGUUUCUUUCUGGUUUGGUUUUCUCCAGGCUUUUCCCUUCCAGACAGCAUUGAAGACAUUGUGGUUAUUUUCUAUCCCAACUUGUUUCUGUUGCAGGAGCUGUCAGUUUAAAUUCAAAUGAGAAAGGUCAGGUCAUAAAACUGCAGCAGCAGCACAGAGCUUCCUGUUGGACUGCUGGCUGCAGCUAUUCACACAGGCUGAUGUGGCAGAGCUCUGCUCAGCACGAGCAGGAAAGCAGCAUCCCUACUGCUGCUGCUUGGUCUGCCAUCAUCCUUUGGGACAUGUUGAAGUUUUCCUUCCAUCCCUCUUUGGGUUAAGCUAACACAGGUCUCAGCUCGCUUGGUUUAAGUGUUGAUGUUGGUGUGCACGAGGGGCACCCAGAGCUGGAGUGUUCUUAAUGCACAGCUCUGCAGCACGACCAAAUUCACACGAGGUUGGCAGGAUGUGGUUAGCCAGGAGCAAAGCUUUAGCAUCGUGCUGCCUGCACCAGAACAAGCUGAAGCCUGAGCUCUGAAAUGCAUUUAGGAGUUAAAGCUGCUCUGAUUUCUAGAAUAAUUCACCCAUAAAAGCUGCCAUUGUGAAUUAGGACGCUUGCAUCCUUGCAGCAAUGCAAUCUCUGUGAAGUCCAUAAGCUGGUUGUGAAUAGCUGAAGCUUGCAGGUAGGUGAAGGAAGGCCUGCACAUGAAGAUCAGGGGUUUCUUCCUUUCCUCCAUGACGUGCAGGCAGUGCAGUGGCCGUUCUGAUUUCAGUAAACAGUUUCUUCAAUCAAUGCCAAAGUAUUCAUGGCAGGGAAUGGGGGGCUGUGUGAUCAAAGCUGCUCUGCUUCCCUGUUGCUAUUUCCUACUAUUUUUUUUUCCUCACGUAAGAAUGUAUAUUUUGUAUAGGAUGUGUAAUAUAUGUUUGUCUAUUGUAACAUACCUUCAAUAAAAUGCUAUGUACACUGAGUAUCCAUUGUAAUUUUCAUUAGUUUGCAGACUAAAUAAUGUAUUGUUAUUGAAUGAUAUUUAAUUUUUAUAGGGGGGAGAAUAAAGUCAACUUCAUAAGUCA